AUGUCAUUUUCUUUACGAGUACGAAAACUCACCCAUGAAAUUUCCAAACAUCACAAACUUAUGUUCCAGCUACUUAACUCACAAGAAAAUAAUGUAAUUAAUAAACAAGGAAGAUGACUCAAAAAUAACUAUUGAUAAGAAAACAUAUGAAGAAAUCCUGAAAAUUUCGACAAAAUUGUUUGAAAAGGACUGCUUAAUUAGCAACAUGUAUAGACAAAAAAGCAGAUCAAAAAUAAAUAUAAUUACUAUCUCACAGCUCAAAAGUGAAUUAUCUGAGAUUAAAAAAAUUGUUCAAAGUAGCACAAUUAAAAUGACGAAAGAUUUAAAAAGAUUGGGAUUAAUUUUGAGGGAUUAUAAAGAUAGAUGCAAAGACAGCUUUAUACUUACUUACUUAAUGUUUAUAGGCGGCUGCCUUGUUGUUGACGCAGACACCAAGGACGCAAUUAUUAGGGUUCACCUGCUUUGCGGUAUAGUCUAAACUGGCCAUAAAGACCAGCCAUGAAGACAUAUAUCUCCUCCUUCCCCUGGGCCUGGACCCGCGGCUUUAGUGUUGAGUGGGUGGGCUAUGGAUUCCUGCGGCUGCUGCUUGAGUUACGAGAGUUGGCUCCCUGAAAUUCAAAAAAAUGAAAUUUCUGGUCACCUUUCGGCAAAAAGGGAAAUUCUAAGUCCUGGGACUUAACGCCCAGUUUCACGCUAGGCAAUUGCCCGAAUGGUCUAGGCGUUGCCUGUAGACUCUGCUGGGCUUACCCUUUCCAAACCUAGACACCCUUUCCUCUCGGGGAAAAAUCCAUUCUGGUCGUUGAGCAUGGGCCAGGCUCUGCACUGUAGAAUUGCUUACAAUGGCAUUGUUGCCCAUUUCCUGAAUGGCAAAACCUUGCCGGAUAUAAUUAAAAUAUGUGUCGAAUAUGUAUGGCCGGAGGCCACACCCAGACGAAGACGCCAUAUUUUAAUUAUGCAAAGACAGCUUUAUACAAUUUUUGAAAAAUUUAGAUGUAGACUUGAGAAAAUCUUUAAAGCCUUUAGUUCCCAGCGAAAUUUUAGAGGAGCAGAUUUCUUAUAAACCUAUAGCUGAUAUUGCUAGUUAUACAGCCACAUCAAAAUCUAUUAGCAAUUUAGGUGACCCAUCUUCAGAUAGAAAAGACAGAGAAAUCACUGAUACAAAAACCGAGAUGCUAACUAAGCAUAUCCAACUACUAGUAAACACCUUACUCCCCCCCUCCGUAAGUGAACAAAAUCAUUGGAGAAAUCACUAUUUUUUGCCCAAAAACUCACCCUCCGUGAGUGAACAAAAAUUUUUUUAAUAGAAAAAUGUUUUAUUAAAAAAAAUUUGAUAUAUAAGUGAUAAUUAGUAUAAUGAAAUCACGAGACAAUUCUGUUUAAUUUUAAACAAAUUGCGUUUUUUAAAACAUAAAUUUUAUAAAUUAAAUUAAUAUUUGCUUUCCAAUUUUUGCAAAUUAGGUUUUUUUACAAUUUCGAAAAAAAAAUUUUUCUAUAAAAUUUAUAUAUAAAUUUUUUUAAAAAAAAAUUAACCGGGGGGGAGUUAGAAGAUGUCGCAAAAAAGCUUAUAGAGAUGACGAAAAAAACUGAAAAAUCCUACUAUGAAAUUGUUAACCCUAAAGUGCUAGACACAGAGCCGCCAUCUCCAUUGGCGGCACCAUUUCCUGACUAUUUUUCAUUUGACGUCACAAAUUUAUCAGAAGAAAACAGAGAAAAUUCGAAAUGAGAAGACUUGACUAUCAUUGACGAAUUAAGCAGAAAAAAUAUUUUGAUGAAAUUUGUAAGUAAUGAAAGCUUGGAUUCUAUAAACCCUAAAAAAACAAAAGAAAUUAAAGAUAAAAUUGAGAGACUACUCAAUGAAAACGCAAAAGAAAAUGAAAUUUUGGAGCUGUUUAAAGAAGAAGAAAUUCCUGUAACAAAAAGAGAACAGCUGGUGUUUGAUAUUAUAAAUUCUGGAAGGAAAGGAGAUAACACAGUGACUUUGACUGAUUUAAUUGAAGCUUCAAAUGUAAACACAAAGAGAAAUUUGGAAUCGAAUAGAAAUAAAAGCAAUUUUGAGGUUUCUGGAAGCAAUUAUUCACAGAUAGUUAAGCAGAUCCAGGGAAAAGAGUUAACUGAUAAAUUAGAUGAAUCAGUUGCUGAUUUCAAAUCAUUAGACAGCUCGAUCGACGAAAAAAUGGUAAGACCAAUCGAAAGAAAUAGAGAAAGAAUAAAAUCCGAAAUGAUUUUAAAAUAUUCUGAGCCAAGCAUGAAAGUUUUGCCGCCUGUAAGUAUUAAAUCAAAAGGGAAAGAGCUCCAGACCAAAAAAUCUUUAAAAUGCAUAAGGAUCAGAUCCGUAACACCAGGGAAGAAAAUGAACGAAGAGUCAAAAAAAUCAAUAAAACGAUCUAAAACGCCAUUUAGUAAAAAGAGGAAGUAA